AACGGCUCUUAGCUUUAUCCUGGUACUAGGUGUAUGUGUGCGGCGCGUUACGAAACGGUGAAAUGUACUGCGUAUGUUUAGGUCAUUGGAAAAUAUUUCUUUCGUAACUCUUUCACUAGUUAUUCUAAAUGAAGAUGGAACAACAUCAGUUGUCUAUUCUUAUCAUCCUAACGGCAUUGGUGUGGCUCACAUCUGCUGCAGUUCCUUCUCCUCCAACGAUAGUGAAGCAACCCCCCAUCCACGAGCAGUUGUACCAAGUGUCUGACACAUCUGAUGAGCAAGACAAACCUUUUAUACUGGAGUGUGAAGCGAAAGGCAACCCAGAACCGACAUAUUCUUGGAUCAAGAAUGGCGAAGAAUUUGAUUAUGUAGCAUAUGAUCGUAGGAUUAGCCAGCAGCCUCGCAGGGGAACUCUAGUCUUCACAAAACCAGAUGAUGUAGAUGAAGGCUUAUACCAGUGUUUUGCAUCAAAUAUUCAUGGGACAUCAAUGUCUAAUGCUGUCUUUUUAAGAAAAUCAGAGUUAAACUCCUUUCCUGAUGAACAUCCGAAAAAAAAGUACGUUUUGGAAGGUUCCCCUUUAACCCUAGACUGUAACCCUCCCACUGGAUAUCCAAAACCAACUAUUUUCUGGAUCAUACAGUCGCACAGUGGAUCCCUUCGAAGCAUUAACAAGUGAGUUAUUUUAAAAUGU